CUAUUCAAAUGUUCCAAUCAAUACGUAUGCUCGUUUUUUGAUUGCUGAAACAGCAUUUAAGCUUGCACCGAUGAAUAUUGAAGAAUCAUCGGCAAUUUCUCCUCCAAUUCAGCCUAUAUGUAUAGAUAAAGGGUUUUAUAAUGAUCAAGAACAACUUAUGUUUAAUCCAUUUAUAAGAUCCGCCCUCUCAGGAAUAAAAGAAUUAAUGCCUCAGAACGAGCGGAAUUCUAGCAUUGUCGGUCAAUUCUUAAUUCAAUCUGAGGGCGAGGGCGUAAUAGGUCAGACAUACCGGAAAGAUAAUGGAUUCUCAUAUAUGCGAGUGCCACCUCUUAAAAAACUUGUUUUGGAUUCUGGAAAAUUGACAAAACUUGAUGAAUUACUCAAAGAACUUAAAGCUGGUGGUCAUCGGGUUUUAAUUUAUUUCCAAAUGACACGUAUGAUCGACCUGAUGGAAGAAUAUCUUGCGUACAGGCAAUAUAAGUAUUUAAGACUCGAUGGUUCGUCAAAAAUAGCUGAUCGUCGCGAUAUGGUUGAAGACUGGCAAACGAGAUCCGAAAUAUUCGUUUUCCUGUUGAGUACUCGUGCUGGUGGUUUAGGUAUUAAUCUGACAGCAGCAGAUACUGUUAUCUUUUAUGACAGUGAUUGGAAUCCCACAGUCGAUCAACAGGCUAUGGAUCGUGCACAUAGAUUGGGUCAAACUAAACAAGUUACUGUAUACAGACUGAUAACCAAAGGUACCAUUGAAGAAAGGAUCCUUCAGCGCGCGAAGCAAAAAGAUGAAAUUCAAAAAGUUGUCAUAUCCGGCGGUGAAUUCAAGCAAGUCGACUUCAAACCUCGAGAGAUUGUAUCGUUACUUCUUGAAGAUGAUGAGCUUGAAGCUAAACUUCGUGAUCAACAGUCAAAGCGCAAGGUCGAAGAUGAUGACGCUAAGAAAAAAGGAAAUGGUGGAAAACGUCGAAAGAAAGAUUCAAACUCUGGUUCUAGUUCUUCAGUUAUUUCAUCCAGGACCCUUGAAGAUUUAUGGCAUGAAGGAGAACCGCCUAUGGCAGAAACAGAAGGUAGCGGUGUCACUACACCAACGAGUUCUGUUGGUGGCACGAAGAAAAAACGUACGACUAAAACAAUAUCAAAAGCACCAGCCAAGGCUAGGACAAAGAAAACAACUACAAAUCCUCGUACACCAAGGACGAGAUCAAAAUCUAGUGAUCCUGGACAAUAA